AGGAGGAGAGAAGGAGAUAAACUUUAUCUCAAAACAGAUAUAGCAUUAACGCGGAUAGCCGCCUAAAGAAAGACUGGAAACACCGGGGGAUAAUUGUCAGGUGGUUAGAUAGCUUACUAGAACCGCGGUGUGUAUUUGCAAGGCUGAACAAGAAGGACAGGAUAACUUGCCAGCCUCGGCUAGCUGGCUAACGUAACCGUACUGUUGCGGUGCCUGCUCAAGAGGAAAAAAGCGGAUAAACUUUAUUAUCCCGCACCGAGUCAGUGUUGCAUUUCAGACUCCGCAGGGCGCGACUCUUACUUUGGAUACUGAAGAGGUCAUCAAUAGACUUGAGGUCACAUGCCAGGAGGAGGGAGGAGGAGGACUGUGGGAUUGAGUUUCCGACCGGAGCGACUGAUUCAGGGUGAUGAUUCUGGAGCCCGGGGCUUGUGCACUUAAGGACGCCGGGCUGGGAACCUGUGGAUGAAGACAUCGCCCAGAUCUGGAUCUCCGAUUUUGGGAAUAACGGACUGAGAGGACGGACGGACGGACGCGAGGAUGACGAGCGCCGCCCCCGCCAGGAAGCCGUACCGCAAGGCGCCCCCGCAGCACCGGGAGGUCCGCCACACCGUGCCCACAUUCCGGGAGGACCUGGGCGGGACCGCGCCCGCCCCCGCGGCGCCCCAGCCGGAGCCCAGCCAGGACUCCUUAUGCGACGCCGACAGGAUCAAGAUCCUGCAGCAGCAGAACGAAGACCUCCGCCGGCGCCUCACUCACACCACCCACAAGAUGGAGGCCAUGGAGACGGAAUUCCAGUCCAGCCGCCACUUCAUGCAGGCGGAAAUAGGCCGCACCAAGGACGACCUGGAGAAGAUGAGGGACAAGUUCCGCAGAUUGCAGAACAGCUACACUGCUUCCCAGAGAGCCAACCAGGACCUGGAGGAGAAGCUGCACGCCCUGCUCCGGAAGGUUGAAAGAGACAAGAAAACGAUGGACCAGGAGAUAGUGGAGCUCACUAACAAGCUGCUGGACGCAAAGAACACCAUCGACAAACUGGAGGAACUGAAUGAGCGCUACCGGCAAGACUGCAACUUGGCCGUGCAGCUGCUGAAGUGCAAUAAGUCCCAUUUCAGAAACCACAAGUUUGCUGACCUUCCCUACGAGUUGCAGGACAUGGUGAACAAGCACAUGAAGAGCAGCCUGCCAGAGAAGGGCGCUCACUCCCAGGACGCGGACUCCCUGAGCCUGACGCCCGCUGACGUGGUGCCCACCUCCGUCAUCGCCCGGGUGCUGGAGAAGCCGGAGCCCCUGGUGCUUAACUCGGCCCAGUCCAGCAGCAGCGCCGGGCGGCCGGUGGCGGAGGACGUGUUCGUGCACGUGGACAUGACGGGCCCCCAGGCGGAGGGAGGGCGGGAGAACGGGGGCCAGGGCGUGGGCCGCUCGGACCCGCAGCUGCUCCAGCAGAACGGCAUGUGCAGGAGCCAGAGCAGCCUGGAUGGCCAGUCCGGGGAGGAAGGGGGCCCUGCCGCGCCCUCCUUCGAGAAGCUGAACCCCUACCCCACCCCUCCGCCCCCUCACCCGCUCUACCCAGGACGCAAGGUGAUCGAGUUCUCCUCCGACGACAAGGUGAAGAUCCCAAAGAACAGCCCCCUGCCUAACUGCACCUACGCCACCCGGCAGGCUAUCUCCCUCAGCCUGGUGCAGAACGAGGAGGAGGCGGGUGAUCGGCAAAGGACAGUGCCCAACAGCCCGGCCGUGUCCGACGGGGGCUGGCGAUCCGGGGCCUCCUCUUCCUCCGGCGGGCACCCCCGCGGCCCCCCGCAGCCGGACUUGGCCGAGCCCCUGUCCAGCCAGUCCAGCCCCUUCAGCAGCCCCCCUCAGGCCCCCAGCGCCUUCGCCAGCUCGGGGAGCUCGGAGGAAGACCUCCUGGCCAACUGGCAGCGGAUGUUCGUGGAGAAGGUCGCCCCGUCGUCAGAGGGGAUGCUGGUCAACCGCACCUCCUUCAGCAGCGAGACGGUCAAGGACCUGGAGAGGAGCAGGAACGGCAAGGCGGGCAGAGACAGGAGGGUGCAGAGAGGCGCCUACUCCGACGGGGAGGAGUCGUCCCCGCAGAGCUGGACGGCCAGCAGGGAGUCCAGCCUGGACACCGACACCAGCAGCGCUGACCUGCGCACCCGGAAGGGGCAGUACGGCGGCGACUUCUCCCAGGAGGAGAGCGAGCGGCUGCUGAUGAGCCUGGACCCGCUGGACGACGGGGACAGCUGCGACACGGCCGUCACCGUAGCGACGGCCCUGGACCAGACCAGCCCCGCCACCAAGAGGAAAGAAUACGUGGACGUGGGAUCGGCCGGGAGCUCCACGGAGGAGCGCGACAUCCUGCCCCAGGACUUCCCCGUCAUCACCCCCAGGGUCCUCGCCGGCUUGGAGGACUUCGUGGAGAAACCACCACCCCACGCGCAGACCGGGCCCCCAACCUCCUCCCGCCCCCAGAAGAGCCCCAAGAGGAUGGGUGUCCACCACCUGCACCGCAAAGACAGCCUGACUCGGGCGCAAGAGCAUGGCAACCUGCUGGACUGAGCCAUGGAUCCUCUUUCUGACUCUGUCUCGGCACUCCCUCCUGCUCUGUGAACUCUUGGUCCUGCAGAAGACAAAGUGGACAUUAUCAACAAGCACGCCGGUCUCUUCACUGCAAUGCUGUCCCUGUCCGACAGGCCACACCUCCCAGGCUCUCCUCACCCGAGGAUCGAGUACUUCACUUCUGAAAGGCUUUCACAGAAUCAUGGCUGGACGUUGAUUGUAAAGAGGCGGCGAGAUUCUUCGCCACCGAUUUCUGAACAGGUCUUUAAGGUACGGAACAUAUUUCAAGUGUCCUAUGAGAUUUCUCCCUGUAAAGGAACUAUUUUUUUAAUGCCCCUGAGAAGACUUGCUUAAGUGAUAAACCUGACUGUGAUCCAGAGGAGAUGGUUGACUCCAGGAUGUAGCCAUACCUUUAUUCUUCCCGCAGGUACCAUCCAGUCAGUACGCACGUAUGUGUAAGUGUGUGUGUACUCAGAUGGAACAGCCUUGAAUGGCUAACGAUAAAUGGAAUUGUAACCCUAUGGUCAUCAGUAAUCCACCUGUUCGUGUGCAGAACUGAAGAAGGAGUCACACAUGGAGUCAGAUUUCCUGUGCCCGUAGACCCUUUAGAAUAGUGGCAGCACACUGUCUGAUACAAUGCUCAGCUUAGAUGCCUGCAUAUGGGGGAGAUGGAUAGAGAGCGAGAGAGAGAGAGAGAGAGAGAGAGAGACGCUGAACACCUGGGCAGAAGCACCUGGUGUGGAGAAGGCAGCAGGAGAUCCGAUUGCAGUUUACAGAAGGGCUUUCAGGGGACUGUCUGACUCACUUGCAGUGCCUAUCCUCCUUCAACUGGGAGUUCAAGAAGACCUAAAAAAAAUGUCAAGGUCCUCUUCUGGAGCCUGUUGUUGUACAUGUUAGCUCUCAGUCUCUGAGGCAGUCAGAGGUCAUACCCUGUUUGCCUCAUCGAACAACAGGCAAACCUUUGUUGUUUUGAAACUGACACCACCUGCUCCCUAUCAGAUGAAUUACACCACUGCACUGCUAGUUCCUGCUUUUUAAUGAACACGUUUUUGUUUGGUUUUCGGUUUAUCUGUUUGUUUGUGAUUGCAAUGUUUUAAUGAUUUCAUUUGCUUUUUUUUUCUUUUAAGUGUCAAGUAUUUUGUCUGUCUUACAGUUUAUUCACUGAUGUGAUUUGGAGACUUUGUUUAGUCUAGUUGCUAAUGCAGCACUGCCCCUGAUGAUAUUUACCAGAGAGAGUGGAUAUUCUAAAGCUAAUCAUUGCACCCAUGUUUUCAUGUGCAGGGGAAGACAAAAGCAGUAUUUCUCUUAAACAGUCUUUGAAUAAUGAGAGCUCAGAAUCAAAGUGUUACCCAUGUCAGCAUUGUGUACAUUAUCUAGUCCACCUGGUUAAAUCUCAAUGGGCAAGUAAAGCAGCUUUUGUUUAAAAAAAAAAAAAAAAAAAAGGUUCAUUAAGAACACGCAACUCCAUAGCCAAACUUGAUGAAAAGUGAUUUUUUGGCUUGCCAGCAUGUUUGAACAUCCGUGACGUUUCUUUCUUUCUCCACGCAUAUGAACCAGUACAGACUGCAACCAGAAGGUGCUUAGUCCUGAUUCGCAAAAAUAUUGCUGCCUUUACGCCAACAUUCAGGAACUACAGAAUAGGUCUUAAAAACCAUGAUCUAGCAUUUCAACAUUUCAGUAUUGUGAAGAACCAAGUAGGCUGGGUCUAUACACGUGGGCGUUUGUAAAUGGUCAUUCUGGAAGUAUUAUCUGGCUGCUCUACCCACUCAUUGGCAACCUCUACCCAGAAUUCCCAGCCGCCAAUGCAGUACUGUCUCUUCAGUUGGCGAACUUGAGGCUACCACUUAUCCCACAGGACAUGCUACAGUAACAUCAGAGCAGCGCUGAGCAGACCUGAGAAACAGAGGUUUGCAUUUCUGAAGUGAAUCUCGCAAACUGAAAUGAGGUUAACCCACCACUGGCUGAAACUGGCAUUUUGAGUCUCUUGUAUUUCUUGACUUAGCCUUUUUUUUUCCCUUGGUAUGCGGGCGUUGAGAAUAUCAUAUAGGCCUCAUAAUGUUGCUACAAGGUGGUGUCAUAUUUAGUGGUGGUUGUCUGUCAUGUCAAACUAAAAGGUAACUGCUCACUCAGUGAUGCCCUGAAUAAGAAUGUUGUAUUUGCACAUUAAUCCAUUUCAAUCUUACUUUGUCUACAGAACAUAGUUCAACGUCCCUGUCGUCUCAAGAAGGAAUUUUAAUGUGGCAAUAAAACAUCACUUUUUGGGCCACAGUUGAGCGUACAGUCACCUUUUGUAUUGACAAUAUCAUGUUUAAUUUCGUACCUCAGCUACUUACAGUGAUCACAGCAAAUUUUAAAAAAUCGCUCCAGGUUGUCUGUCAAGGACGCUGGUCGAACAUGCUUUAUGUCUGAUGCCUGCUGAAGUCCAUAUUUGUGGGGACUGUCAACAUCAGAGGUGUUAAACUCGUGACUUUGACGUAGGUAUCUGGAUCUGAUACCUGAUUAAUUAGUUAUUUAUUGGAUGAGCUCAGCCCUCAAGUCCUGGCUUUUGAGAAGUUGAGGUUGUCAUGGGACACUGGAGACCUUUAAAAUGCAUUGCAUUUCAAACCCUCAGGAUCGGAGUUGUCUUCUGGUUCUGAAUGUAGGGGAAGACGGCAGCAGUGAAUUAUUUUUUUGGCCUUUGGCAAAUUUUUUUUUUUUGUUUUUGAAGCAUUUAAUAGGUAUGGCCUGUGGGAUAAUCCUGUUCAAUGACACAUUUAACGCUGCAACCUCAAACAUUUGUCCUGAGUCAUCUAAUGGACCCAUUUGCAAAUACUGGGGGACAAAAUGUCUUGUAUUUUUCCAAAUUUUAGCAGGUGUUAUUUUUUUAUUCUGGACAAUAUUUUUAAUUUCUGUGACCAUCAAUCUGUGUGUGAAUCGAAAAAAUAUAACACUUUUAUUUCAUGCAUUAAUCAAAUUUAAGAACAAAACGAUGUGCUAGUUAGCUUGAAUGCCCCAUAAGGUCUAAUGAUAGAUGGGAAUCCACUCUUGAUGAUGAAUAAUUUCAGAAAUUGUCUUUCCUGUCAUUGGCUAGAGAGUGUCCAUCUUGUCCUGUCUGUAAAAUGCGUGCUAAAACCACCAGAAGCCGUGGUUUGGGUUUUGCGAUUCUCUUACACUACCAGUUGCCUCAGGGCUAUCGUACGGAGGUGGUCCAGGCUUUCAGGAAAAAAAGCUGUCUUUGUGGAUGUAGCACUGACACAAUGCAAUUAUCCUUUCUUUUUAAUUCAGACUGAAGCCGUUUAUGUACCUGAUCAGGAAUGUAAUCAUAACUGUUGU